AUGGGAGAUCUAAAUUCUCAUCACCCCUUAUGGGAUAACUGUACUCCCAAUAAAGGUGGAAACAUAAUAAAUGAUUUUGUAUUUGAGAAUGAACUAGUGAUCAUGAAUGAUGGUUCUAGGACUCGUUUUCAAUUAGCAGAAGAUUUAUCAAGUGCUGUUGAUUUAACAAUGAUCAGUGCAAAUUUAGCGUUACAGGCCAAUUGGUAUACCACCAUGGAUUGUGGUAAUAGUGAUCAUUUCCCUACCUGCCUUAUAGUCAAUAAUGACAAUAACAAUUUUACUCACAAUUAUAUUGUAAAUUCAUUUAAUGCCAGGAAUUUUCAUAAAGCCGACUGGGAUGCAUACCAUGACAAGAUUGUGUUAUCUAUAAGUAAUUCAAGCUAUAAUCUAAAAUAUGAUGAAUUAAUUGACAUCAUCAAUGUAGUAGCAGACCAGGUCAUUCCAGUGAAGCAAAUUGGCUCAAUCAUUAGGAGAGGGAACCCCUGGUGGGAUAGGGAAUGUUCAUGCUGGGUUGAAGAAAGGAAAAACGCAAUUUUGACAUUUAACCAACUUCCAACAAUUGAAAACUAUAUUAAGGGAGAACCUUUACCAGAUUCAUGGAAACAAUUUCACAUCAUUUUCUUCCUUAAACCUAAUAAAGACCCUAAACGACCCGAAAAUUAUAGGCCAAUUACUCUAGCAUCAUGUGGGUCUAAAAUCAUGGAAAUCAUGAUCAAAACUCGCCUAGAUUGGAUGUUAGAACAUAGAGUAGAAUUUACUAAUAAACAAACUGGAUUUCGAAAGGGGAAGGGAAUUUAUGACAACAUAGCUUUUUUAACAUCUUAUGUUUUUAAUGCUUUUCAAUAUUCAGAAUCGGCCUUAGCAGUUUUCUUGGAUAUUAAAGCAGCCUAUGAUAAUGUUAACAUCUAUAAACUAUAUAAUAAAUUGCGAAUGUUAAAUACUCCCAAUUAUCUGGCAUAUACCAUUUUUAAUCUACUCAAAAAUAGACUUCUAUAUUGUAGGGGCAAUGACGGGUCAUUUUUGGGACCAAUAUUAACUACAACAGGAUUACCACAAGGAUCCCCUUUAAGUACGAUCUUGUUCAACAUCUAUAUUAGAGAAGUGUUUCUUUUAGAUCUGGAGGAUGUUGAGUUGACAGGAUAUGCUGACGAUUUGGUCAUUAUGGUAAAAGGAAAAAAUGUGUCCAUUAUGGUUGAUAAAAUUACUCAUGCUAUUAAAAAGAUAAAUACAUUUUUAAACGAAAAUAGCUUAGUGCUUUCAAUUAAUAAAUGCGAAGCAAUGUGGUUUACUAGGGGAAAGAACAAUAUUAACCCUCCACCAAUUGUUAUCAACAAUGUUGUUAUCCCCUUUAAACACCGAGUAAAAUAUUUGGGCAUGUGGAUACAGAACAACCUGAAAUGGAAGGUACAUAUAGAAAACAUAGUCAACAAAGCCAAAAAAUCACUCAGUGUUUUAAGGGCAUUAUGUAGAGUAUGGUGGGGUGCAGAUCCAACCACUCUUUUAGUAAUCUUUUUUGCAUUAGUUAGAUCUCACCUAGAUUUUGGAUCCACAUUUAUUAAACCCUGUAACGGGACGAUACUUAACAUGUUAGAUGUUGUAUUCUUUGAGGGUUUGCGAAUAUGUUUGGGAUGCAUGAAAUCCACCCCCAGAGCAGCACUAUUAGCAGAGGCAUCCAUGAUAGACUUGGAACACAGAAGAAAACUUUUAGCUAUGAAACUGAUAUCGAAGUUCGUAACUAUUACAAAUCACCCCAUCACACAGCUUUUAAAUAAUACCAGAAUGAAGCUAAUACAUAGACCGGAAUUCUGGCAACGGGAUAAAACUCCCUAUUUAAUUUUGGCACUUCAGGAGUUUCGACCAUAUAUUAAAUUAAUCAGUAGAGGAGCAACCCUCCCAUGUUACGAAUGCAACUUUAAAAUAUUGACUACACCCUUAAAAUUAAUUAACCUUAACAUAAGAAAAGGCGACAUUUCAACAAGCCAAAAAUUCAUUGAAAGAUCAAACAAGUUUAAAGAGAAAGGAUAUACUUUUAUUUUUUCCGACGCCUCUAAACAGGGUAACAGGGUAGGGUUCGGAAUAUCCAUUCCCAGUUCAAAUUAUAAAUUCUCAUCAAGGUUACCAGACUGUCUCAACAUCUAUAAAGCGGAAAUUAUUGCAAUUUAUGAUGCGGUAAAAACUGCAAUAGAAAAACAAAUAAAGAAAGCUAUCAUCUUUUCGGAUUCAUUGAGCGCAGUUACAAAACUUAGAAGUAAUCUUUUAUCUGCAAGGAUAGAUCGCUGGAUUAUCAUAACAAAGCAACUAAUUAGUACAACCAAUGAAAAGGGCUUUGACAUCCAGCUUGCCUGGAUACCGGGUCAUGAAAAUAUACUGGGAAAUUCAGAAGCGGAUACUUUGGCGAAGAUUGGAUCCAACCUAAAUGUCCCCAGAAAAAUGCUCAUUGACAUAAAUGAUAUUCUUAAGAUAGAAGACACAUCACCACCAUUAUCAGAAUGCGAACUGGUCAUUGUCUUACUAACUCACAUCUAUUUAAAAUAA